CGCCCCACAUCUCCCUCACAAGCGAAAACGAAUUGAUGUUCCGCGAGCCUACCGAUCAACGCCAUCCGUACCUGUGUAGCUAGCCUAGGUAGUCGGUUUAAAAGAAACAUUGCCUGUUUAUUGUGGAAUAGAAAAACCGUUGCGAACUGAUAAAUGUUAGUUAAUCUGUUUUCAGUAAUGAAGUUGCCAGAUAAGCAGCAUCCUUCCUUGGAGAUUAGAGAUGGGUCGGACUUGCCAACCCCUUUCAGAAAUCCUUUCGUUCACGAGUUACGAUUCACCCCCUUGGAGAAAAUCAGGAAAUCAAUUUUAUGAGUAGCCAAAACGUCCCACGUUAGCAUUAGCCAUUUUGGACUAUGCGAAUGAGGACAUUCCAGUACAUCUGAAAGGAUUAUCAAAAGAUCAUCAUGGAUCAAUUACAUAACAGCCAAAGCUUCAAUAAAAGAUCGGUGUGAUGACGGUGACAGUGUUCCCAGUACGGUUGUUCUUUGCAGUGUUCCUCAUGUUGCUGGCCUGGCCCUUUGCUUUCACUGCCUGUCUGGGACGAUCUGAACUGGCCGUGGAGACCUGGUGGAGGAGGAUCUGUGACAUAGCCCUGAGGGUGAUCAUGCGUGCCAUGUGGUUCUGUGGAGGUUUCCAUUGGGUGACGGUGAAAGGGGAACCGGCCCCGCCCUCGCAGGCGCCCAUCCUCACCCUGGCCCCUCACUCGUCCUACUUCGACGCCAUCCCCAUCACCAUGACCAUGGCCUCUAUCGUCAUGAAGACCGAGAGCAAGAACAUCCCUGUCUGGGGCACUCUGAUAAAGUUCAUAAGGCCAGUGUUCGUGUCGCGGUCGGACCAGGAUUCUCGUCGGAAGACGGUCGAGGAGAUCAAACGCAGAGCCCAUGCUGGAGGGAAGUGGCCUCAGAUAAUGAUAUUUCCAGAGGGGACGUGUACCAACAGAUCCUGCCUUAUCACAUUCAAACCUGGGGCCUUCAUUCCAGCAGUUCCAGUCCAACCAGUAGUCCUGCGUUACCCCAACAAAAUGGAUACCAUCACAUGGACAUGGCAAGGCCCUGGAGCGUUUGAGAUACUGUGGCUGACACUGUGCCAGUUUCACAACCCCAUAGAGAUUGAGUACCUACCUCUCUACACUCCUUCAGAGGAAGAGAAGAACAACCCUGCUCUGUUCGCCAACAAUGUCAGACGCAUCAUGGCCAAGGGCGGGUCCUGGCCGUGCUCUCUGUGCUCUGAUAGGGCCCUGCAGCUGCCCAUCACAGACCUGUCGUUUGAUGACUGCCAGCUGAGCCUAGCAAAGGGCCCGCUGCGUGUCCCUAGCAACAGCAGCCUACUGCAGUUCAAUAGACUAGCGCGAAGGCUUGGGCUGAGAGCAGGGACUACAGAUACAGUGUUACAGCAGCAGGCUAGCAGAGCCAGGAACGUUUGGGGAUACAGACUGGGAUUAGAGGACUUUGCUCAGUACCUCAACCUAUCUGUAACGGACAUGCUCACAGAGUUACACAGCCUAUUCAACCAGCAUGGAGAUGGCCAGAUAGAUGUCAGGGAGUAUGUGAUAGCCCUGUCUGUGGCGUGUCAACCCUCUAAAGCCAUGGACACCCUCAGGCUGGCCUUUGGAAUGUACGAGGCGAAGGAGGACGGGGCGAUCGUGGAAAAGGAGCUGGCGUCUAUUAUGAGAACGGCGUUGGGAGUAGCGGAGGUUGACGUCACAGAGUUGUUCUCAGCAAUCGACACACUUGAAGCGGGGAAGAUCACACACGAUGACUUCUGUCGGUUCGUGGUGCAGCACCCAGACUUUGCUCAGGAGUACCUCCUCUCCUCCAGGGAAACCCCCUCUAUCCCCCACACCGUCCCCCUGACCAAUGGGUUCAGUGUGGACCAUUAUGACACAGAGGAGCAGACCUGCAGCCUCCCUGGACAGAAGAGGAAAGAAGACUGAGAGACACUCUCAAAUGGAUCCAUCUACUGCCUAUCACAGAGAGAAAGGAGGAAGGAAUGGAGGGAGGAUGGAAAAGAUGGAGGGAUAGGAGGGCGACUGAGAGGCCCUGGAUCUCUAUAAAACAAAUCUAUAUUCUACAGUUACUAUAUUCUACAGCCACUGUCACUGUGGCCUGUAUGUUCUACCAGAGAGAAGGAGUGAGGGAUAGGAUAUAUCGGGAUGAGGAGGGGUGGAUAGAGUUUCUUACUUCUCUCCUAUCAGACGGAUAGAGGAGAUUGAGACUGUGAAAGGGAGAGAUGGAGGUGGAGAAGGGUUGGGUAUGUUGAAGGAGAGUACAGGGGGAUGAGGUAUAUGGAGAGAUGGAUAGAGAGAUUUGGUUAGUGAGAGGAUAUGAGGGAGGGUGGAGACAAUCCGUUCCUCCGGACACCAUCUCACACCAAUACUCCGUCUUUGGUUUUGUCUGCUAGUGUUUUCAAGGACUUUGUAUGCUUUCUAACUUUCCAACGUGCGUUAAAGGAACUGGACACCUGAAGUUUUUAGUUCAUCAAACACUUUGGCUAUUUAUUUUCAAAAGGGUUUUACUUUUUUCUUAUGUAUAGGUAUUUAUUUGUUAUUUGUAUUUAUCAAACUAUGUCUGCUAUUAUGACAACUAUAAUGCACACUCCAGUAAGAUUUAUACACAUUUAAAAAAUCAAGAUCUGUUUUAUCAGGUGAUUAAGCACCAAACUGAGCUCCGCUUAAUCACUGCCUUUCAUAACGAGACUGACUGAGAUUAAUUGGAUCGAGCUGAAACAGACUAACAUCCAGACUCAAACUAUUCUUCAACUAAGCAUCUCACUGCCUCGUAGACCAUAGCAACUCACAACAAGACAUUACACUUUUAAAAUGGAUGAAUACGGGACCAAACUUCAACUUUUUAAACCAGAGGACUCUUGAGCAUUCACAUUGAGCUCCUUGUGGCCUUUUAAAUUGUAAAAAAAUUAAAAUAAUAAUAUGGUUUUAAUGUUGCCUGAGCUUAAGUGAAUCGUCUAACAGCUUAAGUAUACUUUUUUACAUAAGCAUAAACACUGGGGUCUUCAGAUUAACAUUUGUUUGUUGUUUUCUCUUUUCUUAUUGGAUGAACAGAGAACCAGAGUUGGGUUCCAUCUCAAAUGGCACCCUAUUCCCUGCACAUUUGGCUUUGGUCGAAAGUAGUGCACUACAUAGAGCAUAGGGUGCAAUUGGGAUAUACCCUCAGUUAAAAUAUUCAGAUAAGAUGUUUCCCUAUUUUUGCCUCUCAUAUCUCUCUGGAAGGAAGUUGCCCUUAGGCAAAGCUCUAGGAUCAGCACACCCUGUUGAAGUUCUAGGAUUAAACAUUAGGCAGCGGCAAUCAGUUCUGACUUUAUGAUAAGCGAUCAAUCUCUUUUGGCUUUUUGUACUGUUUUUGUUUUGGGAAUUAUCUGCAGUUUGGCUUUGAAUCGACGCAUUUUGUAUGUUGUACAUUUGUGGUAUAUAAAUCUUGGAAUGUUUUUGAGUAUUCAUUUAGUAAGAACGUGGAUUGUAAAUUAUGAAUACCUAUGCAGUGAUCCCUGUCUUUAAGGUUGAGAAUUAAAUCAUGACAUUUCUACAA